AUGUCUUCUGGCCUCACACGCAGAAGAGGUGGUGGAGGAGGAGCUGGCGAUACGGAAAAUGGAGAAUCGAGUCGUGUUGCAUCACCGGCGCCCAAGGCUGGAAAUUCUCGCGAUACAAGCGGCCCAGAAACAUCAUAUGAGAGCGGAGAGAAUGGCCACAAAAUUGCCUUUGAUCCAAGAGAUAUCAACGAAAGUGCAGAGAGAAGCAAACAACCUAAAUUGACGUUAAUGGAGGAAGUUUUGUUACUGGGAUUGAAGGAUAAGCAAGGUUAUCUUUCAUUCUGGAAUGACAAUAUAUCAUAUGCGCUUCGUGGGUGUAUUGUCAUUGAGCUGGCAUUUAGAGGGAGAGUGAGCAUGCAGAAGGAUUCCUCGAGGCGGCGAUUCCCCUUAGCAGACAGAGUAAUUGAGGUUAUCGAUGAUACCUUGACAGGAGAAGUCUUAUUGGAUGAAGCGCUCAAAAUGAUGAAAGCGAGUGAGAAGAUGAGUGUCAGUUCAUGGAUCGAUUUGAUGAGUGGCGAGACAUGGAAUCUCAUGAAAAUCGGAUAUCAAUUGAAACAAGUCAGAGAACGAUUGGCUAAAGGAUUGGUUGAUAAGGGCAUUCUAAGAACCGAAAAGAGAAACUUCCUUUUAUUCGAUAUGGCGACGCACCCUGUAGCAGACGGUGGAGCAAAGGAGGAAAUCAGAAGAAGAGUCCGAAACGUCCUUACACAACGAACUGUUGUACUCCCAGGCAGUCAAUUCCUCCCCGAGAACCUCGAAUUCAGAUAUGUGAGAACAAUUGCCAUGGUAUGUGCUGCCUAUGCGGCCAACGUAUUAGAGAACGCCCUCGCAUCACUCGGUCACGAAUCCAGAGAACGAGCAUUUGCUCAAGUUGAUGAGUUAUUGGCAGAAUACAGCCAAUGGCCAUUUGGAAAGAGAGCAGGAGGCUCAGCAGGAAUAGGUGCAAACUUGGGACAGGUUAUUACAGAUGAAGUAAACAAUGGAAAGGAUAAAGAACUACAACUCGAAGUUGUUGCCGCAUGUUUAAGUGUCUUUACCCGUUUGGACUCUUUGCUAUAA